CAGCAAACUGCAGCAAACAAAUGGAACGAUGGAGAUCUCACUCCGCAUUGUGUCUCGUGGUACAUGAGGAGCAAGUAGCGUCUUUUCUUCGGAAAUGCGAUCCGCCUCGAUGUACAGACUACAACGUUCCCCAGAUCUCCACUUUACGACUCCAAAACUUCGAGUUCCUAGUAACUACAUUACAAAAUGGCGUCCUCGGUACCAGUAGCAAUCGUGACCGGCGGCAACUCAGGCAUGGGCAUGGGCAUUGUAGAGCGCCUGGUCGCAAAAGGAUGGAAAGUAGCUAUCGCCGACAUCAACCCCAACGCGAAAUUCGCGGCACAGCUCGGCGCGGCAUCAAGCUUCCACAAGUGUGAUGUCGCCGACUACGACAGCCAGGCGGAAAUGUUCCAGCAGGUGUGGGAUACGUACGGCCGCAUCGAUGCGCUUUGCGCGAAUGCCGGCAUUGUCGACAAAAGCUCCAUCUACAUCUUUGAGCACCGGGGCUCGAACAAGAUUCCUCCCAAGCCGGACCUCUCAACCACAGACGUCGACUUCAAAGGCGUGGUAUACGGGACACAGCUCGCGAUCCACUUCAUGCGCAAGAACAGCACACCGGGCGGGAAGAUCAUCGCGACGGCGAGUGUGGCUGCUAUCUUGCCGCACGAGACGUAUCCCGAGUAUGCCGGCGCCAAAGCGGCCGUGGUCAACUUUGUGAGAGCGACGGCACGGAUACUCAAGGCUAAGGAGAACAUCAGCAUCAACACCGUCUGUCCGGGCAUCGUCCACACUUCGAUCAUCCCGCAGGAAAUGGUCGAUGCCGUGUCGCCAGACUGCAUGACCCCGGUCUCUACCAUCGUCGCCGCAUACGAGCGGUGUCUGGACGAUGCCUCUCUAUAUGGCAGGGUCAUUGAGUGCUCCACAGACAAGCAAUUUGACCUCGAGCCGCCGACGCUGGCGAAUGGGCACUAUUCUAGGAGAGCCGUCACGGUCUGGGAUCCGCUGUUCAAAAUGUACCACAAGGAGGCGUCAGGCCUGCCAGAUGCCAUUCCGUGAAGGAAAGGGC